AUGGCGGUGGCGGACGAUACCAAAGCUGAUCUCCUCAAGGUUUCCAUCUUGGGCAAGGAGUCGAUUCAUUGCGGUUUCCAUCUGACGCCCUAUAUCGUUCAAACGGUCUUGACGACUCUGCCAUCGUCGACCUACGUCCUCAUCACCGAUGACAACAUCGCCAAGUUGCAUUUGAACAAGUUUGAAGAAGCGUUUGCGAAGGGGAUCGAGAAGAGUGCGGCGAACCCCAAACCGAGGUUUUUGAGCCAUGUUAUCCCACCCGGCGAGACGUCCAAGAGCAGAGAAGGAAAGGCGAGGAUUGAAGACUUUUUGUUGUUCCACAAGUGUACCAGAGAUAGUGUCAUUCUGGCUCUGGGAGGGGGAGUUAUUGGCGAUUUGGUUGGUUUCGUGGCUGCUACUUUUAUGCGAGGCGUACGCUUCUGCCAGAUCCCGACUACGCUGUUGGCGAUGGUCGAUUCCAGCGUUGGAGGCAAGACGGCCAUCGAUACUCCGCAUGGCAAGAACUUGAUUGGUGCCUUCUGGCAGCCUGAAUACAUCUUCAUCGAUGCCGCUUACCUCGAGACGCUUCCCACUCGAGAGUUCUCGAAUGGAAUGGCCGAGGUCGUCAAGACCGCCGCCAUCUGGGACGAGAAAGAAUUCACCUCGCUCGAGUCGCGAUCUGCAGAGCUCUUCGCCGCCAUCCAAACGCCGUCCACCAACUAUGCCGGCCGCACUCUCGAAACCCGCUCUGAGGCACAGAAGCUGCUUCUUUCUACCAUCGCCGCCUCUAUCGGCGUCAAGGCACACAUCGUCACCAUCGACGAACGCGAGACGGGUCUUCGUAACCUCGUCAACUUUGGCCACAGCAUUGGCCAUGCCAUCGAGGCUGUCUUGACUCCCACCAUCCUCCAUGGAGAAUGUGUCUCCAUUGGUAUGAUCCUCGAAGCCGAACUCUCGAGGCAGUUGGGCAUCCUCACCCAAGUCGGCGUUGGAAGGUUGACGAGAUGCCUCAAGGCGUACAACCUCCCCACUUCCCUCUCCGCCCCUCUGAUCGCUUCGUUGCCUCAAGCCUCGCUUCUGACAGUCCCCCGCCUCCUCGACAUCAUGCGCAUCGACAAGAAGAACAGCGGUACGAACAAGAAGAUCGUGUUGCUCAAGAGGAUCGGAGAGACUUACGAGCAAAAGGCCAGCAUCGUGGAGGAUAAGGCGAUUGAGAAGACCUUGGCUGAAGCCGUCACUGUCGUGCCUAGCAUUCCCACUGGCAACGUGAAGGGCUCGCCUGGAGAGGUUAGGAUGAGCACGCCUGGAUCGAAGAGUAUCUCCAACCGAGCAUUGGUCCUUGCUGCCCUUGCGAAGGGCACUUGCAGGCUCAGGAACCUGCUUCAUUCGGACGACACGCAGGGUGCUGUCUUCACUUGGGAAGACGGAGGAGAGACUUUGGUCGUUGAGGGUGGUGAAGGUACCCUCACCGUUCCCACUCCUGGCAAGGAACUUUAUCUCGGAAACGCUGGAACCGCUGCUCGUUUCCUCACGACCGUUUGCGCUCUCGCUCAGCCUGCUCCUGCUUCGGUUCAGCCUCCCAGCACCAACACUGUCAUCACCGGCAAUGCCCGCAUGAAGCAGCGACCCAUCGGUCCCCUCGUCGACGCCCUCCGCGCCAACGGUUGCAGCAUCGGUUACAGAGAGUCUGAGGGAUGCCUCCCCCUCUCGAUCCCUCCCAACUCGUUCAAGGGUGGCAAGAUCCAGUUGGCUGCCAGCGUAUCCAGCCAAUACGUGUCUUCGAUUCUCCUUUGCGCUCCCUAUGCCCAAGACGCCAACGGAGUCACCUUGGAGCUCGUCGGAGGUGAGGUUAUCUCCCAGCCUUACAUCGACAUGACCAUCGCCAUGAUGAAGACCUUCGGCGUGGAGGUUACUCGACGCACCGAUGCUUCUGGAAAGUUGCUCGAUAUCUACGACAUCCCCCGAGGAACCUACGUCAACCCACCCGUCUACAACAUCGAGUCUGACGCUUCGUCCGCCACCUACCCCCUCGCUGUCGCUGCAAUCACUGGUACCAAGUGCACCAUCGAGAACAUUGGUUCAUCGUCCCUUCAAGGAGACGCCAAGUUUGCCGUUGAGGUUCUCCAGAAGAUGGGAUGUGAGGUACAUCAGACUGCGGACGAGACGACUGUUCAGGGCCCUCCUCUGGGUCAGCUCAAGGCUAUCGAAGAGGUGGACAUGGAAGUCAUGACGGAUGCGUUCUUGACUGCCAGUGUGUUGGCUGCCGUUGCGAAUGGUGGGGAGAAUAAGGCGAUGAAGAUUACUGGCAUUGCCAAUCAGCGAGUCAAGGAGUGUAACAGGAUCAGGGCAAUGAUGGAUGAGCUUGCUAAAUUUGGCGUCCACACUACCGAACAGGAGCUUGGCCUUACCAUUUACGCCGUUCCCAUUUCCCAACUCAAGAAGAACGUCUCUGUCCACUGCUACGACGACCACCGCGUCGCCAUGGCCUUCUCCGUCCUCAGCACCGUCGUUGAGGGUGCCAUCAUCGAGGAGAAGCGAUGCGUGGAGAAGACCUGGCCCGGCUGGUGGGACGACCUCGAGAACAAGAUCGGAAUCAAGGUCGAAGGCGUCGAUCUUGCUGGGUUGCGGGCUGAGUCUUCGUCUGCCGGCGUCAAGGAGAGCAAGCCCAUCGACAAUUCGUCCAUCCUCCUCAUUGGAAUGCGUGGAACUGGCAAAACGCAUAUCGGCCAACUCGCUGCUGCGUCCCUUCCUGGAUGGUCUUUCGUUGAUGCGGACCAUUAUUUCGAGAGCAAGCUCAAGACUGGCGUGAAGGACUUUGUGAAGAACGAGGGGUGGGAGAAGUUUAGAGAGGAGGAGUUGGCGGUUUUGGCUGAGUUGAUUGGGUUGGGUGUUGAUGGCAAAGCAGUCUCGUCGCCCUCGUCCUACUCGAAGAACCACGUCAUCUCGCUCGGAGGCGGUAUCGUCGAGACCCCCGCUGCUCGUUCUCUCCUCAAAGCCUACCUCGCCAAGGGCGGCCGUGUCGUUCAUAUCACCCGUCCGAUCGACGAGAUCGUUCGCUACCUCAACGUCGAGACUGCUCGUCCUGCGUACGAAGAGCCUAUCCUCGAUGUGUGGAAGAGGCGAGAGCCCUGGUACAAGGAGUGCAGUGGAUGGGAGUUUGGCAACGUCGUCGUCGAAGCUCCCCAAGGACAGGCUCAGGCCGCCAACGUGGAAGCUGGCCCUGGCAAGACCAAGUGUGUCAAGACCCUUGCUGGACGUAACGAGGUCAAAAGGUUCUUUGGGCACCUGGCUGGCAUCAACCCCAACUUCACUCAUGGUGGUUCGGUUGAAGGACAGCAACGUCGCACCUACUUCCUCUGCCUCACCUACCCCGACGUUCGACAUGCCUUCCCCUACAUCGACGAGUUGACGGAGGGUGCGGAUGCGCUCGAGUUGAGGGUUGAUUUGUUGAAGGAUGCCAAGGCUCCCGAGGCUCCUUUCCCUUCAGUCGCGUAUGUUAAGGACCAGGUUACGGCGUUGAGGAGGGUGACUGGUCUCCCGAUCAUCUACACUGUUCGCACCAAGGCGCAGGGCGGUGCUUUCCCUGAUGGCAACGCGAAGGAGUACAAGGAGCUCGUCGAGGCCGGCGUUCGGUUGGGCGUCGAGUACCUCGAUGUUGAGGUCGCUUCCAUCUUCUCCGACAAGGAGGUCGCCGAUCUUUCCAAGCGCACCAAGAAGGCCGGAUCGACGCUCGUCAUUGCCAGCUGGCACGAUUGGAGUGGGAAGAUGCAGUGGGACGGGGAGGAUGUGAAGAGGAAGUACGACGAAGCGAGGAAGUUUGGCGAUCUUGUCAAGAUCGUGGGCAAGGCUGAGAAGUUGGAAGAUAAUUUUAAGCUCCUUUCGUUUGUCAAGUCUGCGACCUCGCUACCCAACUCGCCGCCGAUUAUCGCGAUCAAUAUGUCGACGCUUGGCCAAUCUUCGAGGAUCCUCAAUACGACGUUCACCCCCGUUUCGCACCCGCUGCUUCCGACCAAGGCUGCUCCUGGACAGUUGUCGUUCAAGCAGAUCCAGCAGGCCCUGCACCUCCUCGGCUUGCUUCCCUCGAAGCAUUUUCACCUCUUCGGAACCCCCAUCGCACAUUCGAUGAGCCCUACCCUGCAUAACACUGGCUUCGAGCUGCUCGGUUUGCCGUUCAAGUAUGGCUUGUUGGAGAGCAAGGAGGUUGAUUGCAAGGAGGUUCGGGAUGUUAUUAGUGACAAGGAGGGCUUUGGAGGGGCGAGUGUGACGAUCCCCUUCAAGGUCGACGUUAUCGAGCUCCUUGAUGAGUUGACGGAGAGUGCGAAGGAGAUUGGAGCUGUCAACACCAUCAUCCCUGUCCACCGCUCCAGCAUCAAUGCUCAAGGCCAGGAAGAGACCACUCGAGUCCUCGUAGGCGACAACACGGAUUGGGUGGGAAUCCGUGUAUGCAUCACUCAGCGCGUCUCGGAGGGCGAGUUGAGAAACGAGAAUACUAGCGGCUUGGUCAUUGGCGCUGGUGGGACUGCCCGGGCUGCCAUCUACGCUCUCCAGGACUUGGGUGUACCUGUCAUCUACCUGUUCAAUCGGACCAAGGAGAAGGCGGAGGAUCUGGCCAAGGCGUUCGUUGGUGGAGCAGACAAGAAGUGGAAUGGCCAGCUUGUCGUUCUUGAUAAGCUUGGUGGUGGAUGGGGCGACGUGGGUGUCGCGCCGAGGGUGAUCGUUUCGACUGUUCCUGCGUCUGCUACGGCUCUUCCCUCCGCCUCCACUGCCGCCAUCGCUGGUCAAGUCGACAAGUCGACUAACCAGAUCGUCCUCCCCGCUGACGUCUUUGCGUACACCUCGGGAUCGGCUGUGGUAGUGGAUAUGGCGUACAAGCCUGCCGAGACUCCCCUCCUCAAGCUUGCGAAGGAGUUGAAGGAGGAAGGCAAUUGGGCGUGCGUGCAGGGGUUGGAGGUGUUGCUUGAGCAGGGAUAUAUUCAGUUUGAGAAGUGGACUGGGAGGAGGUGUCCGAAGGAGCAGGUUUCUACGCGCGUUUGGGAGAAGUAUGGCGAGGUUUAG